UACUUGAACAAUCAACACUAUUGUUGACAAAACAAAAGGCACAUACACGUUGUCAGAAUUAAUGUACCUUUUCCGACAAUAUCAUGCUAAAACCAAGCAUUUUCAAUACGACGCGAUUGUAAAGUAAUACAGUAUCAUAGUUUCGGACGGGAAUAAUUCCGCACAAUCAUUUAACAUACUAUACGGACUUAUACAUUACCGUACUUACCAAAUAAAGCAUCAUUUUAUUCAACUUGAACAUGGUUCUGAUAUAUUCUCUAAUAUGAUCAACGCUAUCAACGCUCAACCCGUGUAUACGGCGAUAACGUUUGGUAAUUUGAAUGUCCAAUCAUUUGGCUUUUAAUAUUAACGGAAAGCUCAAAACGAAACACGGUAAUUAUGUUAGCUUUUGUACGACUAGACGAUUUUCAACGUCGUGACGACGUCAUUGACUUUAUUGCCGUUAGAAACGUAUAAAUCAAUAAAAGAGAACAGACGCAACGACACAUCGAGAAAUAUUCAAAUAAACGAAAAAUGUAUGACAUCGCUUUGAAUCAAGAGACGCAUACUCUAUUCCAGCUUACCCCAGUUGGAAGGUAUUUCGUAUCCCAAGGGGGCUAUCCAGCUUUCAUAAACGACGUGAUUAUGCCCAUGAUUGCGAAACUUGCAGUUCAACUUCACGAAGCAGGAGUACCAUGCAGUGAGAUGUACCAAAUAGUACGACGGCGAGUGAAGAACUACGUUCUCGAAGAGGCUGCAAAAGAAGGAUUUAUAUGCGCAAGGCCGCGUCGCAGAAUAAGGCAACAAAACAGAAAAGAACAGAACAGAAAGGGCUGCACAGAUGGCACGGGCUGCGUUGAUGACACGGACCGCACAGAUGGCAAGGGCUGCAUGGUGGCAAGGACUCAGCAGAUGACAAGGGCAGCAAUGAUGAUGCAAAAAGCCGUCAAGAUGACAAGGGCUGCAGAGAUUACAAGGUCUUCAUUGAUGGUAAGGGCUGCAAUGAUUAUAAUAAGGGCUUCACAGAUGACAAGGGCUACAUUGAUAACAAGAACUUUACUGAUGACACGGGCUGUAUCGAUGACAAGGGCUGCCCUGAUGAAAAUGCAUGCACUUAUGACAAAGAAUUCACUGAUGACACGUGCUGCAAUGACGUUUACAAAGGCUGCAUUGCUGAUGAGAAGCGCUGCAUAGAUAACAAUGGCUGCAUUGAUGGCAAGAGCUCCGCAGAUGACAAGGGCUGCAAUGAUGAUGCCAAAAGCCGCCUAAUUGACACGAGCUGCAUAAUUGACAAGGGCUACGUAGAUGACAAGGGCUGUAAUGGUGAAAAGUGCUGCAAUGAUAGCUAUGAAGGCCACACUGAUAAUGACAUGUGAUGCAAUCAUGAUGACAACGGCUGCACUGAUGAUUACAAGGGCUGCACAGAUGACAUUGGCUGCACAAAUGAUACGGGCUGCACAAAUGACACGGGCUGCGCAGAUGACAAAGGCUGCGCAGAUGACAAGAGUCUCACAUGUGACAAGGAAUGCACUGAUGUCAAGGGCUGCACAGAUGAGACGGGAUGCAUAGACGACAAGGGCUGCGCAGAGGACAAAGGCUGCGCAGCUGACAAGGGAUGCGCAAAUCACAAAGGCUGCACAUAUGACAAAGGCUGCGCUGAUGACAAGGGCUGGGUGGAUGACAAAGGCUGCGCAGAUGCCAAAGACUGCAAAGAUGACAAGAGUCUCACAGAUGACAAUGGAUGCACUGAUGACACGGGCUGCACAGAUAAUCAAGGGUCUCACAGACAACAAAGGCUGCACAGAUGACAAAGGCUGUGCAGAUGACAAAGGCUUCAGCGAUGAAAAGGGCUGUGCAGAUGACAAAGGCUGCGCAGAUGACAAAGGCCGCGCAGAUGAUAAGGGAAGCACAGAUGACACGGGUUGCGCAGAUGACAAAGGCUGUACCAAUAACAAAGGCUGCGCCGAUGACAAGGGCUGCACUAAUGACACGGGCUCGGCAGAUGACAAGAGAUGCACUGAUGAAAAGGGCUGCGCAGAUGACAAUGGAAGCCCAGAUGACACGGGCUGCGCAGAUGAUAAAAGCUGCGCAGAUGACAAAAGCUGCUCAGAUUACAAAGGGUGCAAAGAUG